GUUUUAGCGCGUGUUUCUUGGUAGUUUACAUCGCGGGCGAUUCAAUAUGGUGGACGAAGCAGAGCUGAAUUGUUUUCAAUGAAUUCGGCAAAAUUAUGAGUGAAAAAGCCGUAUCGACAGCAGUGUCUGACUUGGUUCUAGCGGGAUGUUCAUUAUAUGCGGCGGUCCAUGUUCACGGAACGUCAGUUUAUGCUGCCUGGGGUUUCUUGUGUGUUUCCAUUGCUGCAUCUUUUGGCGUUCUAAAGUUUGGAGUGGCUUUUCCAAAUGUUCAGUCUAAAGUGAUUCGAUUGCAUGCGCUUUUCACAUGGAUAGCUUCAACUGUAGGGAUUCCUCUUAUUGCAGCAGGUUUCUGUUUCCAUCACCACAAACCUGCAAAUGCCAAGUUCCAUUUGGUGAGUUCUGUGAUUGCGUUUGUUCUCUCCUUAAUCCACAGUCCAGCAGAAAAGAUGCUAACUACAGCAGCCAGCACCAUAGCUGUGUUGGGAAUACUUUUAGUCACUUACAUGUAUUCAAACUUUUACGGGACUACUGGUGCUCUUGCUUAUGGACUAGCAAGCGUAGUUGAAUCCAUCACAUUUCUUGGUUUGCCAGGUGUAGAUUGGUUCCAUUACAUCUUGGCUGGAGGAAAUCUUCUUCUAAUGCAUGGGUUGAUCAAAUAGGGUUAUUGUGACAUGCAAACACUACUGUAGGAAAAAAAGGAAUUAACAUGCAAACACUACUGUAGGAAAAAAGGAAUUGUCAUAAUUUUUGUCACAAGUCGUUGCCAUACUUGAUUGUCUAGAAAAUGUCUAUACUCUCCUGAUAAAAGGUCACUAGAAAUUCCAGUGAGGUGGGUGGUCAUAAUAGUCAGAAGGUUUUGAACUGGAAUUUCCAGUGUAGGAUUCAAACCUGAACUACAAAUGAUGGGUAUGGAUAUUCUCUUGAACAAUACAUUGCCUCUUUAAUAUUUCAUUACCCUGCAUAGCAGUUGUUCUAGUGUUGGCAAAGCAAAGGAAGAGUAGAGUAAAAACAAAUAAAAUUGAAAAUAUUUCUUCCUUUGCUCAACCUUUUGACUUGGUUUCUUUUAGCAUGAUUCCUACAUGUACGUAAAUUAAAGAUUCAGCAGCAUAAAUAACAUUUCCCUUCCUUGCAACAACAGCCCUGCCAGACACAAAUCAUCAGAUAGAUGGAGGAUUGUACGCAUGAAAGUUGAUCUGUAAUUAAUAAACAGAUGUGCCAAGCAA